AUGUUGGACAGCAAAGAACUCUUUGUUGGAAUUCAAGUUAGUACAGAUGAUUUUGUUUGUGUUGGAACUCCUGAUCAGCUGAAUCAAUUUUUAAAAGAACUAAAAACUAAAGAAAGUCCAAUAACUAUUCGUCGAAUGAGAUUUUGCUUUGAUUUGGACAAUACAUUGGUCUCUUAUCCAAGUAAACAUGGCGACUAUAACUCGGUUGAACCAAAACUACAAAAUAUUCAAUUGGUUCGAGAGCUGCACAGAGCUGGCCAUUAUAUCAUAAUCCAAACAGCUCGUCGAAUGAGGACUCAUGCAGGUAAUGUUGGUGCCGUCAUUGCUGAUAUCGGACGGAUAACACUUGAAACAUUGGCUAAAUUUGACAUACCAUAUGAUGAAUUGUUGUUCGGAAAACCAUAUGCUGAUGUCUACGUUGACGAUUUGGCUAUUCAUGCUUUGAUUGAUACGGCAAAAGAGAUUGGAUGGUCACUUGAUGGUACUGUAUGUGAUUCUCGAUAUCAAAGACGAAAAUACGGCUUUAUUUCUUCUCGACAUUUUAACACAGUUCAACACUUGGACAAUUCAAUUAUUAAAAGUUCUUCAACGGACUGUCUUCAAGGUGAAAUUUACUUUUAUCAAAAUAUCCCACCAUCUAUUGUGGGCUUAUUUCCACAGCUAGACCGUAUUGAAACGAACAAAGAUGCUGGUAUUACAUCCAUAAUUAUGGAAAACAUCAAUGGUAUUACUUAUUCACAUUUGUUUACAAACCUAUGUUUGACCGAAGGCCGAUUAUUAAAAUUUUUAUCAUCGUUAAAACGUAUUCAUUUGUCAUUACCGGUAGAACCUACAGAAAUAAAAUCAAAUAUUUAUGCAAAUUAUUCCAGCAAAAUUUUAUCGCGUUACAAUCGAUAUGUUGAUAUAUAUUUAAAUUUGGACGAAUACUUUAAAAAUCAUUUCGAAUCAUCAAUGAUUCCUUCUAAAGAUUUUGUCGAUUAUUUCAUUAAAUAUUUCACUGAAUAUGAAAGAUCUAACUGUGGCCAAUAUAAUCCAAUUAUUCAUGGUGAUCCAGUUUUUAGUAAUGCUUUGCUAACACCAGAUAGUCGGGUGGUCUUUUUAGAUAUGCGAGGAUCUUUAGGAACAGAAUUAACUUUACAUGGUGAUUUAAAUUAUGAUUUAGCGAAAGUAUAUCAAUCACUAACUGGAUAUGAUUUUAUUUUAUUGAACAAAAUAGAUUUACUUUCAACGUCUGCAGUGGAAACAUAUCUCUCGCAACUUGUUCGAACAUUUGAAAAUUUUGUUUCGAGAGAAUAUUCAAAUGCUGCAAGUUCAGCUGAUUUAAAAAUGAUUACGGCGCAACUCUAUUUUACCCUGAUACCGCUGCAUAAUACGUUCGAACAUCAAAUACAAUUUUAUAAAUUUGCAAUAAAACUAUAUCGUGAUAGUACGCUAGAAAAAAUUCAUCAUACCAAAUCGAACGAAUAA